UGGGAGCGUUCGAGGCUCCGCGGCCGCUCACAUCUGGCCCGGGUUUGCUCUUUACGCGUCUGUCCCGCUUGCUUCGGUCCUUCCUCUACUUUCGAGAAACCGCGUUUCCGCUUCUGGCCAAAGAGACCUUGUAGCCGAGGAGAUCCAGGUGCCGGGGAGCGGCCGGCUGUCCUGCACCCCAACAACUUUCUGAGCCCUCUUCCCAGAGGACUUUUUCCUUCCUGCCUGCUCUCUCCUUCGACAAGUCUGGUCUUCCCCCAACCUGGCUGGGAGGGGGCUCCGCCGCUGGGAGAUGCUCUAAGAGAGGCCGCGGGGAGGACGCGGGCGCCCCGCUCGCUCCCGGACGCUGGUGGCUGGAGGGAUGAAGAAAAGCAUGAAAAAUACAGCUCCAGGCAGGAAGAGGAGCCCCCCGCAUCCCGGUGCUUUCGCUGCUGUGACCCUGGUACUCCCAUGUACCAGGCCAUCCCGGUGCCACAGAUCAACAUCACCAUCCUGAAAGGUGAGAAGGGCGACCGAGGAGAUCGGGGCGUGCAAGGCAAAUAUGGCAAAACAGGCUCCGUGGGCGCCAGGGGCCACGCGGGACCCAAAGGGCAGAAAGGGUCCAUGGGGGCCCCUGGGGACCGGUGCAAGAACCACUACGCUGCCUUUUCGGUGGGCCGGAAGAAGCCCCUGCACAGCAACGACUACUACCAGACAGUGAUUUUCGACACGGAGUUCGUGAACCUCUAUGGCCACUUCAACAUGUUCACGGGAAAAUUCUACUGCUAUGUGCCCGGCAUCUACUUCUUCAGCCUCAAUGUGCACACCUGGAACCAGAAGGAGACAUACCUGCACAUCAUGAAGAACGGGGAGGAGGUGGUGAUCCUGUACGCCCAGGUGAGCGACCGCAGCAUCAUGCAGAGCCAGAGCCUGAUGCUGGAGCUUCAGGACCAAGACGAGGUGUGGGUGCGCCUCUUCAAGGGCGAGCGCGAGAACGCCAUCUUCAGCGAUGAGUUUGACACCUACAUCACCUUCAGUGGCUACCUGGUCAAGCCCGCCACGGAGCCCUAGCCGCCCGCUAGGGCUAACCUCCAUCGCCACAGGCUAACCUCCCGUUGUCCCCGUGCCCCGCCCUGCUCCGCCGGACCCCCUCCCCCACCCGGGUUUCCCCGGCCCACACGUCCCCAGCUUUGGCAUUCGACAUGACGCCCCCUCGCGGGAGUGGGAAGCAACAUCGGCUGUGUGGUCCCAGGCCCUGCCGUGUCCGCACAUGAAAUCACCAGGCGGGUGCCCACGAGAGCUCCCCUCUGUGUGCACGUCCUUGAGUGACCCCUGCACGUGUGCCACGACGCGCCAGGGUGUCCCAGAGUAAGCCACCCUUGCUCCCAUUGCUGGGAAUAAUUAAGCCAAUUCUAAAGGUUGUGAAAGGAGCAAAGUAAACCAUGGAAAAGAAAGGGAGGCAUUAUUAUUUUUGCCUUUCUGCCAGCCUCGCUGGCUCCAGGCAGGAGGGCUGUCUCCCCUCGAGGCUGCCGGAGACUUCCUGUAAGAGAAGAUCUAAAGUAGAUGCCAAGGGUGACAGGGGAAGUGGGUGGGGGGCGUGGGGACCGGAAAACCAUGUCUGGCUUAAUAUUUUAGGCCACGUAGGAAUCUUCUUGGGGGACAGCUGGACUGACGUCCACAUCCCGUGGACAUUCCUGUGGCCUUGCCCGAGGGCUCAGCUGGUCUUUCUGAGCCACAACGGCGAGGGGGUUCGAACUGGGCAGCAAGGGUCAGCUCCUCAGAGGGACAGCCAAGCCCUCGGCCGUGGCCUCUGCGUUGGUGAGCAGCCUGCCCGCCGGAACCCACAGGCUCCUGGCGGCAGAUGGCCCCUGGCAGCCAAGCUCAGUACAACCCAGCAGAGCCGUGCAUCCUGGCAUGGCUCUACCCACUCCCCCACCCCACCCUUGCAUCCUAGACGGGGCCCCCACGCCUGUCACACUGGCAUUGGCUUUCUGUCCCUCCUCUCCAACGGGUCAGCUGUGGAAGGAACCAGGGCCUUUGAUUUUGCAGCAGCUGUCAUGGUUACACAACUUCAAUAGACCCGCCUCACCCACCGUCUCAGAGUCCUGCUUCCCAGAGAGUUCACCAUUCAGCGCCCCAGCACCCUCCCCUGGGGCCUCUUUGACCAGCAGCCUAAGAGCAAUGCAGGAGGGGGCUUUCCUGGGCCCCAGAGCAGGGGGGAGCUGGAAGGGACCGGAAAGCUCCCCCCUGCCUGUCUCAGGGGCUCCUGCAUGGCUCAGCGUCUGAGGGGGUAGAGAGGGCACGUCCCAACCACCGGGGUCAGACCUCUGCUCUGAGGGGGUUGGGGGGAUGCCUGGAGUGGGGCGCUGCCUGGAUUGGUGCUGUGGCCCGUGGCUGACUUUGGCCCGGCAGCCCUUCCCCACUUCUCUGCAUCAACGCCCGGGGCCAGGGUCACCCCGUCUGCUUGGGCCCUGAGCCCCUCCAGGAGCCUUCCUUCCCACUGCCUGCCUGCUAAGCCCUGAUUGACCAAUCCCUCUGCCCUCCCUGAGCCUGGCCAUUGGGUCUGGGGUCUGCACAUCCUUCCCUCUGAAGGACUUCUGCUGGUCAGACUUUAAUAACUGUGUAUACGUGUGGGAGGGCUGGGGAGCAGGGCGCCCGCCUCCUGCUUUGUGCUGCCCCAGUGCUCUUCCAGAAAACAUUAAACGUGGAAUUGUGUGUUUCAGCA